CGUGGUGAUCUGGAUCAGUGCGCGCCACCUGUGGGAGAGAGUUAUGUUACUCCGUCGAUCAUCCGUGCCUCACAAGUGCGCUCAUGACGAGGAACUAACCUGUGACAUGUUUGAAAUGUCACCAGACAGCGGAGAACUUAGAUUAUAGUGACAGGAUUUGACCAAGAGGGAAAACUUGGGUUGCCAUGUCUCUCCUGUGCGUGAGAGUUAAGAAAGCCAAACUCCAAGGACCACCUGAUAAAUUCAAUGCCUAUGUGACGCUGAAAGUGCAAAAUGUGAAGAGUACCACCAUCACUGUGAGGGGAGAUCAGCCGUGCUGGGAGCAGGACUUCAUGUUUGAGAUCAGCCGUCUGGACCUGGGCCUUAUUGUAGAGAUGUGGAACAAAGGUCUCAUCUGGGACACCAUGUUAGGGACAGCCUGGAUCCCACUCAAAACCAUCUGCCAUUCAGAGGAGGAGGGCCCUGGCAGAUGGAUAUUUCUGGACUCUGAAGUUCUGAUGAAGGCAGAGGAGAUUUAUGGGACUAAAAACCCAACACCACAUAAAGUCUUACUGGACACUCGCUUUGAACAGCCCUUCGAAAUCCCAGAGGAUGAGGCUCGAUACUGGACCGGCAAACUGGAACGCAUCAAUACUAUGGGCAUUCAUGAUGAGUUUCCCUUACAGGAGGAAGUAGCGGGACGCCCUGUGCCCUGUGCUGCCUCUCAUUGCUCUUUGGAUGACUUGGACAGUGCGGUGGAUGAUAGAGACAGCGACUACAGGAGUGAGACGAGCAGUAGUUUACCUCCAUGCUAUCACACUACAGCCCAGCCCAAUUCUUCACUUCAUCAGUAUCCCAUGGGGCCACGCUUUCAGCCGGCAAUGGAUUCCUGUGCUGACUCUUUGCACAGCUUUGAAUUUGACUAUAGGGAUCAUCAUGCAAGCAGUCCUGUGGACUCCAGUCGUUUUGGAUCCUCAGGGAACCUCAGCCAAGCUAGUUCUCAGCUCAGUGAGACUGGUCAGGAGAGUGCUGCGUGUUCAGAGUUAGAGGAGUCCUACCAUACCUACCACUGUACUAGCUAUCAACCAUCCAGAAAUGGGCCUCAGCCUACCAAUGGACAUACUUCCUGGGGGGAACAUGAGGGAUUGAAAUCCUCCCAAGACAACGGAAGGGGUAUAAGCAGCACUAUAAAAAAGGAAGUGGUUUCUCAAGUGGACAAAAUGCCUGAAAAAACUCUCAAAGGCUUCAGGGAUGAUGGAACAUCGUCGCCAUUCUCUCCAUCCAGAUUGCGCUGGUUUAAAGCAAUCAACAAAGUGAGAGCUCAACUUAAGGAGGGCAGAGAAAAUGGAGAUAAUUCAAGAAAUGCAUGGAUUAAAGCUGGAAACGGGAGUGGAAUAUUUGGAAUUGACAGUAUGCCAGACCUGCGCAAGAAAAAAGCUAUUCCCCUGGUUAGCGAUGUGUCUCUGGUCCAAGCCAGGAAGGCUGGCAUUGCAUCUGCGAUGGCCUCACGCUCCUCCAUAAAAGAUGAGGAACUGAAGAACCAUGUGUAUAAGAAAACGCUACAAGCUUUAAUCUACCCCAUUUCUUGUACAACGCCGCACAACUUUGAGGUGUGGACAGCCACAACGCCCACCUACUGUUACGAGUGUGAGGGGCUUCUCUGGGGCAUCGCUCGGCAGGGCAUGCGCUGCACGGAGUGCGGGGUCAAAUGUCACGAGAAGUGUCAGGAGCUGCUGAAUGCAGACUGCCUGCAGCGCGCGGCCGAAAAGAGCUCCAAACAUGGUGCAGAGGACCGCACUCAGAACAUCAUCAUGGCCAUGAAGGAUCGCAUGAAGAUCCGUGAGAGGAACAAGCCUGAGAUCUUUGAGGUCAUCCGAGAUGUAUUUGUGGUCAGCAAGGCCAUCCAUGCUCAGCAGAUGAAGACCAUCAAGCAGAGCGUCCUGGAUGGAACGUCCAAGUGGUCAGCCAAGAUCACCAUCACAGUUGUCUGUGCUCAAGGACUGCAGGCUAAAGAUAAGACUGGCUCCAGUGACCCCUACGUGACCGUCCAGGUCGGUAAAACCAAAAAGAGGACCAAGACGAUCUAUGGCAACCUCAAUCCUGUCUGGGAGGAAAAGUUUCAUUUUGAAUGCCACAACUCCUCUGAUCGCAUCAAAGUCCGUGUUUGGGAUGAAGAUGACGACAUAAAGUCGAGAGUGAAGCAGCGUUUGAAGAGGGAAUCUGACGACUUCCUGGGCCAAACCAUCAUUGAGGUUCGCACACUGAGUGGAGAAAUGGACGUUUGGUACAACCUCGAGAAAAGAACGGAUAAGUCUGCUGUUUCUGGUGCCAUCCGUCUUCAUAUCAGUGUGGAAAUUAAAGGUGAAGAGAAAGUGGCCCCCUACCACGUCCAGUACACCUGUCUACAUGAGAACCUCUUUCAUCACAUCACAGACGUCCUCGGUCAGGGUGUGGUGAAAAUCCCAGAAGCCCGUGGGGAUGAUGCCUGGAAGGUUUACUUUGACGAUGUGCCACAAGAGAUAGUGGAUGAAUUUGCAAUGCGUUAUGGGAUCGAAUCCAUCUACCAGGCCAUGACGCACUUUGCAUGUCUCUCGUCUAAGUAUAUGUGUCCCGGGGUCCCGGCUGUGAUGAGCACCCUGCUGGCCAACAUCAACGCCUACUACGCCCACACCACUGCAUCCACCAACGUCUCCGCAAGCGACAGAUUUGCUGCGUCCAACUUUGGGAAAGAAAGGUUUGUCAAGCUCUUGGAUCAGCUGCACAAUUCCCUGCGCAUUGACCUCUCAAUGUAUCGAAACAACUUCACUGCAAGCAGUAAGGAACGUUUACAGGACCUCAAAUCUACGGUGGACCUCCUGACCAGCAUCACUUUCUUCAGAAUGAAGGUCCAGGAACUGCAGAGUCCCCCGAGAGCCAGUCAGGUUGUGAGAGACUGUGUCAAAGCUUGCCUCAACUCCACUUAUGACUACAUCUUCAACAACUGCCAGGAGCUGUACAGUCGCCAAUAUCCUCAGAUCGGAGACACGCAUAAGGACGAGUGCACCCCAGAAGAUCAGGGCCCGAGCAUUAAAAACUUAGACUUUUGGCCCAAACUCAUUACUCUUAUAGUGUCCAUCAUUGAGGAGGACCGUAACUCCUACACCCCUGUCUUAAACCAGUUUCCUCAGGAACUGAAUGUUGGGAAACUGAGUGCAGAGGUCAUGUGGAGUCAGUUCUCUCAGGAUAUGAAGUAUGCCAUGGAAGAACAUGAAAAGCACCGGCUGUGUAAAAGUGCAGACUACAUGAACCUGCACUUCAAGGUGAAAUGGCUGUAUAAUGAAUACGUGAAGGAUCUGCCAGCCUUCAAGGGAGAUGUGUCCGAAUACCCCACGUGGUUCCAGCAGUUUGUGCUGCAGUGGCUGGAUGAGAACCAGGAUGUGUCCAUGGAGUUCAUGCAUGGAGCGCUGGAGAGAGAUAAAAAAGAUGGAUUCCAGCAGACGUCAGAGCAUGCUCUCUUCUCCUGUUCGGUGGUGGACGUGUUCACCCAACUCAACCAGAGCUUUGAGAUCAUCAAGAAACUGGAGUGUCCCGACCCCAAAAUCAUGGCCCUCUACAGCCGCCGGUUCUCAAAGACCAUUGACAAAGUUCUGCUACAGUACAGUGCCAUUUUGAAGAAGAGCUUCCCGUCCUAUUGUGAUAAGGAUAAAGUUCCGUGUGUCUUGAUGAAUAAUGUCCAGCAGUUGCGUGUCCAGCUUGAGAAGAUGUUUGAGUCUAUGGGUGCCAAACAGAUCAGAGACAUCUCGGAGGACAAGCUGGACACAGAGGCCAGUGACCUCCUGAACGAUCUCCAGGUCAAGCUCAACAACGUCUUGGACGAGCUGAGCACCACCUUUGGAAACACUUUCCAGAGCCGCAUUGAUGACUGCAUGCGUCAGAUGGCCAGCCUGCUGUACCAGAUCAAGGGUCCCGUGAACGCCAACACACGCAAUCAGGCGGAGGUCGACUCUGAUAACAUGCUGCGGCCACUGAUGGACUUCCUGGAUGCAAAUCUGAUGCUGUUUGCCUCAGUGUGUGAGAAAACCGUGCUGAAGAGAGUGCUGAAGGAGCUGUGGAGGAUUGUGAUGAACAGUCUCGAGAAGACCAUCAUCCUUCCUCAGGGCAAUGACACCUUUGGACUGUUCUUUUCAGCGGCUAAAGAGCUGGGUCCGCUCUCCAAGUUCAAGGAUCACAUGUCUGGUGACACUAAAAGCUUGACGCCCAAGCAGUGUGCAGUCAUGGACGUGGCCCUCGAAACCAUUAAGCAAUACUUCCACGCUGGAGGAAAUGGUUUGAAGAAGGCCUUCCUCGAGAAGAGUCCUGAGCUGUCCUCGCUGAGACACGCGCUGUCCCUCUAUACCCAGACCACCGACACGCUCAUCAAGAUGUUUGUCACCACUCAGCAUGCUCAAGGCUCAGGGGUUGAUAAACCAGUAGGGGAAGUAUCCAUACAGAUCGAUAUCUUCACUCACCCAGGCACAGGAGAGCAUAAAGUCACAGUUAAAGUUGUGGCUGCUAAUGAUCUGAAGUGGCAGACGUCUGGGAUGUUCCGACCGUUUGUGGAGGUCACCAUGAUCGGCCCUCAUCUCAGCGACAAGAAGCGCAAGUUCACCACCAAAUCAAAGAACAACAGCUGGGCGCCCAAAUUCAACGAGACCUUCCAUUUUAUUCUUGGGAACGAGGAUGGGCCGGAGUGUUAUGAGCUUCAGGUGUGUGUGAAGGACUACUGCUUCGGCCGUGCAGACCAUGUGAUCGGUGUCGCCGUCAUACAGUUGUGUGAUGUGGCGCCGAGGGCCAGCUGCGCCUGCUGGUGUCCACUGGGCCCACGGAUACACAUCGAUGACACGGGCCUCACCGUCAUGCGCAUCCUCUCCCAGCGCUCGGGGGACGAGGUGGCCAGAGAGUUUGUGAAACUGAAAUCUGAGAGCCGAUCGGCCGAGGAGGGGAGGUGAGGACGUUCCUUCACAGCAGAAGACAAUCUGAGACUCUUAAGUGUUGGAUGGACAUCAGCACUGUCAGCUGUCCACAUCCAUGUUCUUGCUGCCCGAUGACACCCACAGAGAAAGGCUUUCAGCAGCAUAAGAGAGGCCAUGUGACAGUUUUCUUAAGAGCACUGUUAGUUUAGAAGGAGAUCAGUGGGAGUCUUCCACAUAAACAGACUGAACACAAUAUUUGUUUCCAUAUAUUGAUCUAAAAAACCCACUCUCACAUUCAGCUACUAAUAAACUAGCAAAUAAUUCGUUGAAGUAGACGCCAUGUUUGAUUUGACGUGAAUGAAACGAGACCGUGAAGGGUAGACAUGCAGUACGGAGUUGUAUUAUGCCCAAAUUUAGUCUAAUAAUGAGUUUAUCGUUCAUUGGAUAUUUUAAUCUCUUUAAUCUCAUGGAAACAUUCACUCAAAAAUUAGAUAUAGAAUUAAAUAAAUAUUAAAUAUAAUUUUAAAGUAAGAAAUACAAAUUUGAAUUUAUAAUGAAGCCUGACUUGUACAUUUAGAAUUAUUUUCUUGACUAUUAAGUUAAUUUCCCGCUGAAACUCUCAUAUUUACGAUUAUGAGAUAUUUACGUUUUACGAUUAAUAUUGCAAUGGUGAUUUUUUUUUUAUAACAGAUAAAAAAAAGAAAAAAAGUCAUGCAAUAAAUAUGCAUUUAAUAUGCAAAUACAAUGAGUAUUAUGAUUUUUAAAAAAAACAUUCGUAAAUAAUAUAAUCAAAUAAUUCUUAUAAAAUAAAUAAGUAAAUUGGGGGUGGGGGGUUGAGCUAUGACCCUGAAUUUUUGUUUAGGAAUUGCCUCCAUUUUUUAUGUUUUAAAUUUAAAAUCGCUAAAAGUAAUACUACUCAUGUCUAUCUCUUACAAACAUGUUUGCAAGAAAAAAAAAAUGGUGUCAAUCCCUGACUUGAGGUUCUUUUACCUCCGACCAGUAGGUGGUGCUGUGAGUGUGCUGGGUCAUUAUUUUGGAAGCAUCAUUUGUAGAAUUACACAGAUUCAUGCACUUUUUCUCAAACAGAAACACCCCUUUUGCCAUGCGUUUAUUGCCUUAUUUUUUGAUGCUGUGAAUGUGAAUUGUUUGUAGAGAGAUUAUCAUAUAGAUUUCACACCAUUUCCAAGUCAGCUCACACUCGACACGUCCGUCAGCCGAGAGUGUGCCUUUCUUUUUCUUUUGUACCUGGUGCACCUCAGCCCACUGAUCUUCUGCCUCUUUUGGUCACCAUUCGUUUCAAAAGCGAACAUAUUUCAGCCAUCAUCUUUGACCAGCAGGUGGCAGCAAUAAUCUCGUUCAUGUUUACACCUGCUUCAUCACCCACACCUGAAGACAAUGCUGCACAGUAUUGAAGCUAAAAUGUUUAAAUGCUUUAAUGGGGUGUCAUGUAAUAUUUUUCAAUACUUUAUGUAGAGAAAAGGGGCUAAAAAUUCAGCUUCAGCUGAGGAGAGAAAAUACAAAAGUUAACAAAUAUCAGAUCAAGCUCAAAUAUGAUAACUGAUCAAUUAACGAUGAGUAGAUGUUUUAUUUUUAUUAUUAUUAUUUUCAGAGAGGCCUUAUAUUAUUUGUUCCCAUAUUUUCUAUUUAAUUUUUUUUUCCUUUUAAGUAAAAAUUAUUCUUUUUUUCUGUGAUGUCUUGUUGUUACUCCAUUUUUGCGUUUUUUAAUGGUUUGAUUUAUUUUCUUUAAUUCUUCCUUUUGAAGAAUUUUUAUACUGUGUUGUGCUUGUUUCUCCAGAAACAACUGCAAAAACAACGAGGAAAAAGACAGUAACUCUAUCAUUCGUCCCAUCAAUUUGUUGCCUGUGCAAAAGCCUCACCUUGUCAAUUCAAAUUUCAAUGUAAAAAUAUCGUCUUUUUCACAAAACGCUGCCAAUAUGUAAAUGUAUGUUGAUAUUGCCAAUCAUUAUUGUGACUGUCGAACCUGUUAUUUAUUUAUGCACAUAUCUCACUAACCCUGUCACUUUAUAAACGGUUACUGUUAAUCAGGCCAGCAGUGUUUGGACUUUAUUUUAGGAGGGAAUUGUCACUCUUUGUAAUAUACACAUUCGUUGUUCCAACCUGUGCAAGUUCUCACUUUUUUUUGUACUUUGGGAACCGUACUGACAAUGAACACUGGCAUGUAUGGACUUUACUUAGUUUUUCUGAGUUUACUCACAUUUUUCGAAGUUAUAUUGGAAUUGUACACAGUCACUGAAAAGGAAAAAUGUUGUUAAAAUGUUUGUGUGCGCACUCCAACAAAUGAAUUUAUACAUAAAGUCUCUUAAACUAA